GCAUUGCUUGCACGCUCGUCCAGUCUGUCGUACAAUACACCUUCUGUUAUUUACAUGUACGGUGAAGAUUAUUAAACGCCUGAGAUGGUGUAGUCGCGUGCGCCAAUAAAAAAAAAUUAAAAAAAAAAAAAAAAACUUUUAUUAAGUCAAUGGUCAUGGACACACACAUACAGUAGUUCCAUCCCUCUGUAAUCGUUGAUCAGACAUUAAUCAGUGAAUAAUAAAACGCACUAUUCGGACGAGUCGAGGGACUUUCUAAAUUCCCUAUGACUCCUAUACAACCGUCUUUUUUUGUAAUCAAGCACACAUCGGGAAUCACUUUUGCUGAUUUUUCAUCCGGCAACGCGUCCGAUGUUAUAUCAUAAACCACGCGAGCGCGGGAGAUGGCGGUCAGUGUCGUCGGAUAUUUUCUUUUCAUUCUUAUCGUCGGUUUAUUCCUCCAGCAAAACGGUGUAACAGCUCAAAAUCAACAGAAUAAAACUCUAAAGGAUCUUUUCAACAGUACAUCUUGUGCACAACCUCCUUAUAAGUGUCCUCAUCCACAAAUUGAAUUUUAUUUAUAUACAAGAAAAACUCAAAAAGAUCCAGAACUUUUGGACGUUCGAAAAUAUAGAUCGCUACAACGCUCUCAUUUUAAUCCAAAACAUCCAACAAAAAUAAUUAUUCACGGAUUUGGUGGCGGAAGAAAUUUAGCACCAAGUACAGAUUUACGAAACGCUUUUUUUACACGUGGCAGUUAUAACGUAAUUAUUGUCGAUUACGGUUCUUUGGUACGUGAGCCAUGCCUUUCGCAAAUACGAUGGGGACCGGAUUUUUGUUCACGAUGUGUUGCUCAGUUGGUAAAAUACCUGAGGGAUCAUCCACGGGGUAUUCGUGUCGAGGAUAUUCACAUACUUGGAUACAGUGUGGGAGCUCACAUCGCUGGCCUUGUGGCAAAUUAUUUACCAGAUGACAAAUUGGGAAGGAUCACGGGUUUGGAUCCUACGAUAUUUUUCUAUAUGAAUGGGAACAGGUCGAUGGAUUUAGACGAGACCGAUGCUCAUUUUGUAGAUGUGAUCCACACGGGAGCAGGAAUCCUAGGACAGUGGGGUCCAAAUGGCCACGCGGAUUUUUAUGUGAACGGUGGAUCAAGUCAGCCCGGAUGCGCUACGACCUCUCUACUUCAAACUCUGUCCUGCGACCACACCAAAGUCACUCCUUACUACAUCGAAUCCAUAACGACGAAGGUAGGAUUCUGGGCAGCGCCUUGCGGAAACCUAUUCUCCUACCUGAUAGGAUGGUGCAGCCCGAAAGACGAGGAGCUCGUUCUGAUGGGAGAAGAUACCCCACAUUCAGCAAGAGGAAUCUUUUAUCUGUCAACAAACGCACACAAACCGUACGCCCGAGGACUUCCCGGAAAAAGGCUGCAACCGACAAAUCGGAAGCGAUCGUCCUACCGCCAGUAUUAAGUCUACUAAAGCAGUUAAUCAACAUAAUUAUAGAAUAGCUUUAGAACUUAAUGUUUAGCAUCGCAUAGACUUGUAAAGUUAGAAAAUUAAUAUUAACACAAACACAUUUCAUGUGCCUAUUUUUUAAUUAUACUUAAUUCAUUCGUGUCAUUAUUUCGAAUAAAAAUCUUUUUUUA